AUGUGCUGCAUUGAUUUUUUAUUUUUUCGAUUAUUUAGUAAAAAUAGUGUUCAAUUACUCGAACCAAAAACUCAAGGAAUUGAAUGUAUAUCCUCUACAAAUACUUCAAAUCAAUCAACAAACUUUAAAGAAAAUAAACAAACAUUAGAAACAACAAAUUCAUUAAAAAGAAGGGGAAAAAGGAGGUGUUUUAGUGUUGCUAAAUUGGAUGAAAAUAGAAAACAGACUAAUUGCCAAAAAAUAACAAAUACAAGAAGAAGGCAAUUUAGUUAUCAAAGUGAAGAUACCGACAAUGAAAAAAUAAUUAAUAAUGAAUUUAACAAUAAUGAUGAACUUUUAACAAGUUGUAGUAGUGGAAUAAUUUCUGAAAAUGAAUUGGAUGUAAUUUAUAAUCAAGAAAGAAUUCAUUCUCUUUCAAGUCCAGAAUUAUCCCCAGAUGAAUUAAAACAACUUUUUCCAGAACUUAGCGAUCAUUGGCGGUAGGUUUGUGUUGACAAAAAUUAAUUUAAAAAUUAUUUUUCUUUUAUUAAUUAUUCUCUUAAAAUGUUCACAAAUUUUAU